AUGGCUUCUCCCUGGUCCUCACAGCGCAGCAUACAGGUGCUGCUGCUGCUCUUCACAUUUAUGUCACUCACAUCAUUGGUAGCAGCAUCUACGCCAACCUCCUUUUGCAAAUGCACCUGUUUCUCCAAUAGUACGAUCAUCCCCCUCAAUCCCGCCAAGUCUGAAUCCUCCUCCGGCAUCGACCACGUCCGCUUUUCUGAGCGCGGCUCUGUCGAGCUGGAGCAUACCGAUGAAUACAGCAAACGAGUACCAAAAUACCGAUCGCUGAAUUGCAACGAUUGUAAUCGCAAGUUCUGUCUCGACUACGAGCUACCGACAUGCAAAGGCGCUAAGGAGGAAGAUGUGUACACGACUUGCUUCCAGCGAGAUUCACGAAAAGACGAAGCGGUGGUGUUUAUUUUUAUUUUUGCUACAGGUGGACUACUGGCUUGGGCUGCCUGCAAGCCAUGGAUUGAGCGAUAUGUUGAGGCUGCACGAGAACGCAGGUCGUAUAUCCCUGUUGCAGAAGGUUGA